AAGCACCACACUUCUCCCUUUAAAUGAGGAACCAUCACCUUCAUUCACAGGCAGGACAAACCCAGUGAGGAGGGAAUAUAGUUAGAAGCCUCCCUCCCCUCCCCCCAGAGGAACAGAACCAUCUAAUUCUAAUAUAUGAAAUACCUGACUUAGAGGAAGACAAAGACCUGAGACAUCAGCCUGUGAAGACUGAAGACCUUCCGAACAGCAGUUGUGAAUGGUACUGCUGAGAGGCUCCUCCUGCAGGACGUCUGAAAUGAACCUCACUUAUUGAUUGUUUUUAUUGGCCCGGAGCCAGGAGGACUGGAUUCAGUUGACUUCAGGGUACAAAGAAAACAGUCUUGGUUAUCGUAUAAACCUGUGAACCAGUGUGAUGGUGAAAUGAGAUGAGGCUCCGCAAUGGAACUGUAGCCACGGCUUUAGCAUUUGUCACUUCGUUCCUUACUUUAUCUUGGUACACUACAUGGCAAAAUGGGAAAGAAAAACUAAUCGCUUAUCAACGAGAAUUUCUUGCUUUGAAAGAACGUCUUCGAAUAGCAGAACAUAGAAUCUCACAGCGCUCUUCUGAAUUGAAUACCAUUGUGCAGCAGUUCAGGCGUGUGGGAGCAGAAACAAAUGCAAGUAAAGAUACAUUGGCUAAAUUUUCAGAUAACACCCUAAAGCUAUUAAAGGAGUUAACAAGCAAAAAAUCUCUUCAGGUGCCAAGUAUUUAUUAUCAUUUGCCUCAUUUAUUGCAAAAUGAAGGAAGCCUUCAACCUGCUGUGCAGAUUGGCAAUGGAAGAACAGGAGUUUCAAUAGUAAUGGGAGUUCCCACAGUGAAGAGAGAAGUUAAGUCUUACCUCGUAGAAACUCUUCAUUCCCUUAUUGAUAAUCUGUAUCCUGAAGAGAAGUUGGACUGUGUUAUAGUAGUCUUCAUAGGAGAGACAGAUACUGACUAUGUGCAUGGUGUUGUAGCCAACCUGGAGAAAGAAUUUUCUAAAGAGAUCAGCUCUGGCUUGGUGGAAGUGAUAUCACCCCCUGAAAGCUAUUACCCUGACCUGACAAACUUAAAGGAGACAUUUGGGGACUCUAAAGAAAGAGUAAGAUGGAGAACAAAACAAAACCUAGAUUAUUGUUUUCUAAUGAUGUAUGCUCAGGAAAAGGGCAUAUAUUACAUUCAGCUUGAAGAUGAUAUUAUUGUCAAACAGAACUAUUUUAAUACUAUAAAAAAUUUUGCACUUCAACUUUCUUCAGAGGAAUGGAUGAUUCUAGAGUUUUCGCAGCUGGGCUUCAUUGGUAAAAUGUUUCAAGCACCGGACCUCACUCUGAUUGUAGAAUUCAUAUUUAUGUUUUAUAAGGAGAAACCCAUUGAUUGGCUCUUGGACCAUAUUCUCUGGGUGAAAGUCUGCAAUCCCGAAAAAGAUGCAAAACAUUGUGAUAGACAGAAAGCCAAUCUGCGAAUUCGCUUCAGACCUUCCCUCUUCCAGCAUGUGGGUCUGCAUUCGUCACUAUCCGGAAAAAUACAGAAACUCACGGAUAAAGAUUACAUGAAGCCAUUACUUCUUAAGAUCCACGUGAACCCACCCGCGGAGGUCUCUACUUCCUUGAAGGUCUACCAAGGACAUACACUGGAGAAAACUUACAUGGGGGAGGAUUUCUUCUGGGCUAUCACCCCCGUAGCUGGUGACUACAUUUUGUUCAAAUUUGAUAAGCCCGUCAAUGUAGAAAGUUACUUGUUCCAUAGCGGCAACCAAGAACAUCCAGGAGAUAUUCUGCUAAACACAACUGUGGACGUUUUGCCUUUUAAGAGUGACAAUUUGGAAAUAAGCAAAGAAACCAAAGACAAACGAUUAGAAGAUGGCUAUUUCAGAAUAGGAAAAUUUGAAAAUGGUGUUGCAGAAGGAAUGGUGGAUCCCAGUCUGAAUCCCAUUUCAGCCUUUCGACUUUCAGUUAUUCAGAAUUCUGCUGUUUGGGCCAUUCUUAAUGAGGCCUCUGAAGAAACUGAGAGGGACAUUUCGGCACGCAGGCUGAGGGGAAGCAAACCUAGUGAGGGACAAGUGCCACAAAUACUGAGAAGAACGGUGACUGUAAACCUGUGUCUGCUCAGAAGCCUGUAGGAGGCCAUCUUAACGUACAGAUGGCUAGUGUUAUGGGGGAAAACAUCUCUUAGCCAUACGAGAUUUUUCAGGAUUAAAAGAAUCACUACAUCCUCAUUUUGGGAAUGUACAACCUGUGUCCUAAGCUUUAGGAAAGAACAAAAUCUCCUAAAUAAAAAGCCUAGCCCCAAAUAUUCCUAUUUCUUGCUCACUACACAGUCUGACCCAUGUAGUUCUCGUACAGGAAAUUCUUUCCUGGAAACUGAGCUGUACUCAAACUGUGCUGCGUGGUAGGAGUGUUCAAAAUCCACUUGGGAACCCGUGCUGCAGGGUUCUAGUCACUGAAGCACUUUCUCAAAAUACAUGAAAAUUCAUUUUCUACCAGAUAUAAAAUGUUACAAACAUCUCACUAGGGAAGAGACUCUUGAUCCCCAAAUGAAUACAUCACAAUAAGGGGUUGGGUGAAGUGGUCCCUGACGACCAAAGGGGUAGUGGUGGGGGUGGGUCCACCGCUGACCAGGGCAGACAGCUGUGUGAGUGAGAGGUGUGUGUGUACAGUAAGGUCCUAGUCAUCCAGAGUAACAAGGAAAAAAGGGCUAAAAAAAUACCCGAUAUAUACACACACACAGUGCUAACAAUCUAAGAUCUCUAGACUUUAUUUGAUGGAGAUCAUUUAACAAGAAUGGAAGUUAAUGUAUGCUCUUCAUUCAUUUUAAAUGAACGGACCACAGGAUUUAAGAGUAAAUUUGCAAAUACAUCCUGAGGUCAGUAAACACUGGGCCCAAUCGAUGGGCAUCUACAGAACUAAAACCUAAAAA